UUCCUGUUCAGAGGUGCUUUGCCUUCAACAAAGAUGGUGCUUAUGGUACAGGUUCCCUGACAGUUUGGAUUCCGGUUGCAGUUUUUUUUUUUUUUUUCCCUUAAGAUACUUGUUUGCAGACGGGAAAAUGGAGGCUAGAGACAAGCAAGUGCUUCGUUCCCUUCGCCUGGAGUUGGGUGCAGAGGUACUGGUGGAGGGGCUAGUCCUCCAGUAUCUUUAUCAGGAAGGGAUCUUGACAGAAAGCCACGUUCAAGAAAUUAAAGCUCAAGCCACAGGCCUCCGGAAAACAAUGCUACUGCUGGAUAUCCUACCUUCCAGAGGUCCUAAAGCCUUCGAUGCAUUCCUAGAUUCCUUGCAGGAAUUCCCUUGGGUAAGGGAGAAGCUGGAGAAGGCAAGAGAAGAAGCUGUAGUUGAACUGCCUGCAGAUGACCGGAUGGCUGGAAUCCCCCCGCACAUCCUGCACAGCUCCCCAUCCGACCGGCAGAUCAACCAGCUGGCCCUGAGGCUGGGCCCUGAGUGGGAGCCUGUGGUGCUGUCUCUGGGGCUAUCCCAGACAGACAUCUACCGCUGUAAGGCCAACCAUCCCCACAACGUGCAGUCCCAGGUGGUGGAGGCCUUCGUGCGCUGGAGGCAGCGCUUCGGGAAGGAGGCCACCUUCCAGAGCCUGCACAGGGGGCUCCAGGCAGUGGACGUGGACCCCUCAGUGCUCCAGCACAUGUUGGAAUGACUGGGCCCUCGUCCAUGCUUGGGGCUAGUCACAUGGCUGAAUCGUGACUCUCACCAGGGCAGGUAGAUUUGGGGGUGGGGUUGUUUCUUUGUCAUGGUGAUUUUUAGAUGAGAGGAAAUAGUGGAAUUUGCACUUGACGUUAGUUGACAAGCAGGAUUACUCAGGAGGUUUGCCGGAAUGAAUUGACAAUUGACUUUCUAAUUGCUCAAAUACUGCAUUUUUUGAAUUGUGCAGGUUUUAAUUGUGUGGGUGCCUUUUAAUAGACUGGUGAGUCCUACUCGUUAAAAAAAAAAUACAGGUAUUCUGUGUAUAAAUCACCCACUUUUAUGUUGCCUGGGAACUCUGCAGUGGACUUAACUAUUAAU